AUGUGUCCCGACUCUGGACUCAAUGUCCCCAUCUCGGACAAACCCAUCGUCGGAGCCUUGACCUUCCAAGGCUUCUUGACUCUCGCCGGUGGCAUUCUCAUGAUGACUUCGUGCUCAAUGUCAUUCUACCAAAUAUUUCGCCAUGCCACCAACUACACCAAGCCUGGAGAACAACGCCAAAUCAUCCGGAUAUGUCUACUCGUCCCGAUCUACAGCAUCUCGGCGUUCCUCUCGAUCGUCUUUUACAAGAAACACGUCUAUCUAAGCGGCAUAUACCUGACAUACGAAGCUUGCGCGCUGGUCGCCUUCUACGCUCUCUCAACGUACGUCACGGAAUCCAUGGGCGUGCUGUGCUCCGAAGAGGGUGGGACGAAGUACGCUGAUUUCUGGCUGAGUACAGUAAUCUCGGUGGCUACGCUGAUCACAGCCAUGCACUGCCUGUUUCAGUUUUACUACCAGUCCAUGGAACAUCUAGAGCCUCACAAGCCCGUGUUGAAGUUCAUGGCUAUCAAGAUCGUAGUGUUCCUCACGUUGAUGCAGGACUACAUCCUGGACGCAAUCGUAGGAAAAGACGAUCAACCCCUCGGUCCGACCGACGCCAUAUCAUACCCUUCACUCUCCAUCGGGGUUCCGAAUCUGCUUCUCUGCCUCGAAAUCUUCGGCAUCGGAAUCCUUCACUUAUACGCAUACCCGUGGUCGCCAUAUGUUCUGCCUACCAGUUCCGGGGUGGUUGUUUCGGAGGGUCACAGCGUUGAACCCGACUCCGGGGACUCCGGAGCAAAAGGUGGACCCACCAUGGUGGACAUUCUGCCGGAGGCCGGCGUGGGUUACAGCCAGGGCGGAUUCCUGGGCUGGACGGCCUACCUCGACGCCCUCAACUUCUCGGACUUCGCGAUUGCCUUGUACAAUGGGGUCUUCUGGGUUUUCAUGCGGUACCCGGAGCAAGAUACGAGGGGCAGGAAGUGA